AAAUAGUGAAUAAGUACAAAACCGUCCCUGGAGCAAGACCGUCCUCCCUCCUUCCCUCAAGCCACGCCACACCGCCAAAUUUUUACGUGCAUUCUUAUUUUUGACGUUUUUUCUCCUCCAAAUCCUCCACCAUGAGUAAGGCGCAUCCCCCCGAGUUGAAAAAGUACAUGGACAAACGGGUGAUGGUGAAGCUGAACGGAGGUCGUGUGGUGGAGGGAACUCUGCGCGGUUUUGACCCCUUCAUGAACCUGGUGGUGGACGAGGGCACGGAGGUGCGGAAGGGGACUGACCGUGUGCGGAUUGGCAUCUGUGUGAUCCGAGGCAGCAGUAUCAUCAUGCUGGAAUCGCUGGACCGUAUAUCCUAGUAGUGUAACAUAGUAUACAUGCGAACGCUCGGGCAGGAGGUAUACAUGGAAUCUAUGUCUACCUCUUCCUUUCAUGUCUACCCUACAAUUCAGUAUAAUUUUUUUUUAAGGUGGUAAACUUUGUAUACUUCUGUUUAUGUCUGCUCACAAAAUGUACACCUUUUAUGCACUAUUGUUAAGACUUCUCAUGGUCAUCUUCGCUUUAACGUCAGGUUUUCCCAUAAACUCAAAUGAAGGUAGACGAUCGAUUGUAUGAUUCCAACUAUUUUUGUCCAUUGCCUCAGCCUCUCCAGUGCCCAAUACUGCCAAAUCCUCUUCCAUAUUUACUUUGGCUUGCUAGGUGGGGAUGACCCAGCACUUGCACCCUAACCUCCCUCCCCAAUGCCUCACCAUCCCCGCCUCCUCUUUACACACAACUUCUUUACUUAAUUUAUAUCCCCCUAUAUGCUCCUCUUUUGAACAUGACUGUGUACACUUCUUCACAUUAUAUUUAUCCCCCAAUAUCUAUACCUUUAUGACAGUUUGUGUGUAAAUCUUCAGCUCACGUCAACCACAGAAGCCACGCCUUUCUUUCUUUCUUUCUUUACCUCUACCUCUUUCGCUAUUUCCGAGGUGUACAUAUUACCUUGCGUUUGUGUUCAUCAAUUUACACACAAAUCCCGUGUUUCAGGGUAUGUAUGUAAGGAUUGAAACAACUGCAAUUUGUACCUGUAUGUAGCCUUAUCCCUGAUCAUUCUCUCUAUGCUGUGAGAGAAAUGCACUCACACAGUCUUGCUGAAAUAAUGUCUAUGGUAGGACCACAUCACCACAUCUACACUUUUACUCCUUCCUUUUAUAUGCCAUGAGAGAAAUACACUCUUAUGGUCUUGCUGGGAUAAUGUCUACACUUAUCCCUCCUUUUUUAUUCCAUCGGAAAAUAGUGUACAAGACAACAAUGAAAAACAGGUGUGGAGACAAAAAUAUGUAUUGAAAUUUCUUGUCUCUUUGUGUUAUAAUUCUUCUUGUGUGUUGAGCUCAACCUUCUCUGUGUUAGCUAUGAUUCAGCAGUUAAUGGGUUUAGUAAGAUACUAUACACUUUUUCUUCCUAUACAGAUCUUUGCUCUUUUUUUUGUGUGUAUACAAGUUAACUGAUUCUGCAGUAAGGAUAAGCAAUAGUGUUAUUUUUGUCUUUGCGCAUUACUGAUGUAGUGACGAGCUUUGUGUUGAUGAAUUUUCUACGUAAUGCAAGGCCUGGUACUGAACACAACAUAUAAUUUGAGACUGCUGUUGGAUGUAUAAGAGCUCAUAAUCACAUUUAUCUGCAUUAGGUUUGUCUUUUAAUAUGAUUUUAUACACAUAUACUGUUUUCAUUUUACCAAAGCCAUGUUCUCACAGCCCAUCUUUUGUUUUGAAAAGGCUCGUCAUUUGACAAUCUUCCCUAAACUUUGUGAAGUGUAGAUAUGAUAGGUUGAAUAUUUCUUAUUUUAAAGUUACAUCAUUUACCAUUUAACCAUUUACCAUUUAACGAGUUCAAAUUAUACACUGAUUUACACUUUCCAUAAAUAAAUAUUGUAAAACUUAAGUGUGUUUGUUCCUUCACACCAGGACAGUCUAUUACAUGUUCCUAUUCACACCUGUUCCCCAUCUGCCUUGGUUCCUUAUUUCAGGUAAAGUAAAUAUCAAAAAGUGUAGAAAUUAAAAGCUGAUCUAUCUAUUCAUGUUUUCUAAGCCAACCCCCACCAAAGGAAUGACUGAACAAAGACUGCUUUUUCAUCAUUCUACAUUUUCUUCACUGAUUCCUAUAACUCAAGUAUUUCUUUAUCCAUUUAUUGUGAACUAGGGAUGCCCAAGUCAUUAGCUUUUAUUUGUGCUGCUGCUGCUGCAAUUACAUCUACUUGUAGUGGCGAGACAAGCCUGAUGGGCGAGCCUCCCAUAACUCACUCAGCGAGUGAGGUACCUUUCUGGCUGACUGGUUAAGGAGUGGCUCUCCCGUCUCACUGGUCGCAGGUUCGAUCCCCAGCAUAAGCAAAACCUAUCCUUGUCUGGAUUAAUUUCUCGUGUGUUUUGUUAAACGCUGUGUUUGUGUGGGAGUAAAGAGAAAAUUCUGGUGUUACUACUACUACUACUGUACUACUACCACCACUACUGUUGCUAUUAAUUUUAUAAUUACUUGCAUUACCAUUUACUCACUAAUAACAUGCAUAUUACCUGAUCCCUUCUUUAACUACUUACCUUCACACCUCGCUGAUUAUUGUAAUUCUGACCUCACCUGCAGUGCCAUUUCCUUACCCUCUGAGAAUGCCAUUAAUGUGGCUGUGGGAGAAGCAACACAAAGGAGGCAAUAAUUUUAUCUUUAGUGAAAUUCUUUUGUUUAUCCGAGUCUUCUUACUUUAUGCCUCAGAGUGAAAUAAAACAUGUAAUAAUGAAAUUGA